AUGGAGCAAUGGCAGACGUACGGCGACGCUGCCAACACCGCCGGCACGCGACGGUACAACCCCGUCAACGUCAACCACGUUAGCCACCACAACGGAGGUCCUGCCGGCUCGACUGUCGCUCCGAUGACCAGCCAUCCGAUGCAUAUGUCUCCUCGCGACUACGCCGUGCCCAGCAACGGCCCAUCAGCCAUGUCCAUGCCGCCGCAGCAGCCACCGCCGCCCUACAAGUACGACCAGUAUCAGCCGGCGCUGGCUUCCUCUCACCAGGCCUCGCCGGCGACAUCGUCCAUGGGAAGCAGUCCGCACGUGCGCGACGGCAGCGGCGACGUGCCUAUGCAGGAUGCCCAGGAGUCUUACACCACGAGCAGCAGCAGCACCGCUGCCACGUCCGCCGGCGUCAAGAACACCGUCCACGGCCAGUAUCCGCUGAGACCACAUCACCAGCACCAUCUCUCGUCGGGCAACCGCGCUGCUGCCCUCCAGCAGGAGCCGUCGUCGGCAGCCCAGCGCUACUCACCCAUGGAGGCCCUGUCUCCAGCAUCUCCAUACGCCAUCAAGUCGGCCACCGGCCCGUCCCAUUACUCUCAGCACCAGCAACAGCAGUCGGCGCUGCCGCGCCAGUCGCCGACCACUCGCUCGUCCGACUAUGCACAUACCCCGCAGCAACCACCAUCACAACAACAACAACAACAGCAACAGCAACAACAACAACAACAACUACAACAACAACAACAACAACAACAACAACAGCAGCAGCAGCAGCAGCAGCAUCAGCAAACACAGCAUCCACAGCAGUCGUCCUACUAUAGCACGCGCCAGCAGCCCCAGCAAUUACCUCCCAUCAACCCAUAUGCCCCCGCCGCUGACCCGUACUCUACGUCAGUCAUAGCGCCGCUCGAUGGCUCCUAUGCCGACCCCAAGUCUCCAAAGUAUGGCCCCCCUCCACAGUCGAAGCCUCCGGCGAACGAUAAGGGCCCCGUGCCCGAGUUCAGGAGGGUCAGAGGCCCCCAAGACCUCAAUCCCCGCGUUAAGGACGAGCCGCCGUUCCGGCGGGCAAAUCCGGAAGGCGGUUUUAUUAGUCCCCUUCAAGCACUUACACUUCAUUUACCGGCCACGUACCGCAUCUGCAAUCCAUCCUUCAAGUACGAGUCGUCGCGGAAUCCGCGCCGCGUGUUGACCAAACCAAGCAAGGGCGUAAAGAACGAUGGUUAUGACAACGAAGAGAGCGACUACAUUCUCUAUGUCAACGAUAUUCUGGGCUCUGAGGAGGCCGGCCAUAAGAACCGGUACCUGAUUCUUGACGUCCUCGGCCAAGGUACAUUUGGCCAGGUAGUCAAGUGCCAGAAUCUCAAGACGCAAGAGAUUGUGGCCGUGAAGGUCAUCAAAAACCGCACUGCCUAUUUCAACCAGAGCAUGAUGGAGGUCUCCGUUCUGGAUCUGCUCAACUCGAAGCUAGAUAAGAAUGAUGACCAUCACCUCCUGCGGCUCAAGGACACAUUUAUUCACCGCCAGCAUUUGUGCUUAGUAUUUGAGUUGUUGAGUGUGAACUUGUACGAGCUGAUCAAGCAAAAUCAGUUUCGCGGUCUUAGUACUACCCUCGUCCGAGUGUUUGCUCAGCAGUUGCUCAACGGGCUGGCCUUGUUGAAUAAGGCGCGGUUAAUCCAUUGCGAUCUGAAGCCUGAGAACAUACUGCUCAAGAAUCUCGAGAGCCCUAUCAUCAAAAUCAUUGACUUUGGCUCAGCAUGCGACGAACGCCAAACAGUCUACACGUACAUUCAAUCUCGCUUCUACCGAUCACCGGAGGUCCUUCUCGGCCUUCCGUAUAGCUCGGCGAUUGAUAUGUGGUCGCUUGGUUGCAUCGUCGUUGAGCUGUUCCUAGGCUUGCCUCUGUUCCCGGGUUCGUCCGAGUACAAUCAAAUCUCGCGUAUCGUUGAAAUGCUAGGCAACCCGCCGAACUGGAUGAUCGAGAUGGGCAAACAAGGUAGUCACUUUUUCGAAAAGCGACAGGACGAGUUUGGCCGCCGUACGUAUGUUCUCAAGAGUAUCGAGCAGUACUCGCGCGAGAACGGAGUGAAAGAGCAGCCAAGCAAGAAGUACUUCCAGCAAAACACCCUUCCGGAGAUCAUCAAAGCCUACCCAAUGCCGCGAAAAAACAUGAAACCACAUGAAAUUGAAAGAGAAAUGAACAACCGCAUUGCUUUCAUCGACUUCGUCCGGGGCCUGCUGCAAAUCAAUCCUCUUGAGCGAUGGUCACCGCAGCAGGCUAAGCUACAUCCUUUCAUCACGCAGCAGAAGUUCACCGGCCAGUUUGUCCCGCCCAUGAAUCUCAAGUCCAGCGCCCUUAACCGGUCACCCGCUCCUGGAACGCAGCAACAGAUGCAGGCCGAGGCCCUCUGCAGGCAGAGAGCUCAAGCUGCUCAGGCUGCUGCUGAAGCCGCUGCCGCUGCACAAGCCGCUACCGCCGCCGCAGCAGCAAAUAAUGGCCAGCCGCCCGUUUACGGUCCCCCGAUUCCUUCUCAGUUUCCGGCUCAUUUGAUUCCCGGCUCCUACCAGCAGCAGCAGCCGAACACCCAGCCACCACCUCCUUAUACCAGUGGUGUUAGCAGUAGUGUCCAACAGCAGCCGUCGGGAAAUUCCUACGUUCCUCCUGCGCAGAUGCCGCCCGCAAACUACGCACAAUCUUCGGCGGUAAAUGCCAGCCUGUACCCCCCUGCGUCGGCCAACCGUGGCACUCGUCCCCGCGCAUCCACUAUGGAACAACAGCAAAGCGGUAUCCCUCCGGCCAUCCAGAGGGUUGCAAGCCAGCUGGAUCCGAACCAUCCCAUCCGGUUGCAGCCGAGUCCAGCGUACUAUCCGCCUCCGCCAGAGAGUUUUGCCGCGGGAGGUAGCGGCGUUGUGGGAGUGGAUAGUGGGCGGCAAAUUCCUGGGCGAAGAGGUUCUCGAACUCAGGCGAACGCGCUAAGAGGAAGAGAUUUCAUCAGGACGCUGGAGGAACGGACACUAGAAGAGGGGUGGGGGAAUCCGAGCGGUGGUGGAGGGUCGUAUUAUUGA